AUGACUUCCUGGAUCGUCGCCUAUCAUAUAGAUCUUAAAGUUUAUGAUGAAUCAAUAUUUCUUUAUUUCAGCAUUUUGCCUUUAACUCUUCUAUUAGUACUUAUCCCAACACUGAAUGCAUUUUUCAAAACAGUCUCUGUACCGUUAAAAUAUGCUCCUCUCCGACGGAUUUCAGUGAAACCGGCGAAUGGGGAUAUUUAUAUAGGUGGUAAAAAUAUAGUUCUCCAUCUUGACAGCAACUUUGAUCUUCUGAAAAACAAAACCAUUGGUCCGCAACCAGAUAAUAAAAUGUGUGCCCCCAACCAGUUGUUUUGUGAUAAUAAAAUGACAGACAACUAUGUCGAAGUUUUGGAAUUCAUUCCUAGAAGGAGAAUGGUUCUCGUCUGUGGUAGUGUCCAUCAGGGUCUUUGUACAUUUUUGAAUAGCUACCAUAUUGAUAUCGAGGAAAAGUUUUAUAAAGAUUCUUUUCAAAACUACAUCGGAAGUGAGAAAGGUACCAUCUUGAUUCCUUUUAAAACGGAAGACCAGUCGGACGACCAUUACUUCGUCGGAAGGAGUUGGGACGGUCGGAGAAUGGAGCAUACAUUUCCGGAAUUUUCGUUCAUGGAAAUUUACAACCGAACCACAGACCCUCUCCAGCAGUGGGAAUUUCGAAACACAACAAUGUUUUCUUCCGCGGGUUUAUGCCACCAUAAACGGCAGAAUUCCGCAACUCGAUUUAUUUUCGGUUUCAGCACUAAUGAAUUUAUCUUCAGCAUAUACAAUCAAGCUAGAACUGCUUCCAAUGGUACGCUUUUCCAAACAAAAAUAUCGAGAAUUUGCAAGAACGAUAAAUACAUGGAUUCUUUUAAUGAAGUUAUUUUAGAAUGCAACCAACACAACAUAGCAACCGCUGCUUACUAUGCAACGACAAAUGAAACAUCUGUUCUUUAUGUGGCAUUUAGCAAAAGUCUCUAUUCUACUGAGGCAUUACCAAACAAUUCAGCGGCCGUUUGUCAGUUCCCCCAGCAAGAUAUAGACAGGAUGUUCAAUAACCUGCUGAAGUUUUGUUAUAUUAACGCCGAUGCCAUUACUCCACCUGAUUGGUCAACGUGCGGAGAAACCAAAGCUUGUACAAAGACAAAUUCACAAAAUUACUGCAGCAAUCGAAAAGCCCAGAAAGCAAACCCUGGGAUACAAAGACUGACGAAACCUCACUACGAGCCCAGUGGCAUUGUCUAUCAGGAAUCACAUACAAUAUUCACCUCGAUUUUUGCCCAUCAAGUAAACCCCCGGGCCAUCGUUGUGUGGAUUGGAACGUUUGAUGGAUAUAUCCUUAAAGUUAACAUGGAACAGCAAUUUAGAGACAGAAAACCGUACGUUAAGUAUGAUCUGAGUCAGAAUAGAAGCCAGAGAAUAGAACCUCAUCACCUUUCUGACCACAAUGACACCAAACACAUCGUAUUCUUGCAUGGAAACAAGGCAUCAAAAUUUCCAUUGCUUUCAUGCCAAGUUUAUACAACUUGCGGCACAUGCUUGAAGACAAUUGAUCCUUUAGGAUGUGGUUGGUGCAAUGAUUUUUGUUUGAGGAAGGACGAUUGCCAAUUUGUCUGGCAUGAUGAUAGCUGUCCCCCUCUUGUAUACCAAGUAUAUUCAGCUAGCGGUCCAAUAGAAGGGUUUACACGUCUUAGGAUAGAAGGAGAAAAUUUUGGAGAUUUCCCUUGGUCAAAAGUAAACGUUACCAUUGGUGAAAAGAACGCCUGCAAUGUGAUGAAUAAAACACGUACAAGUAUUGAGUGUUUAACGAUUGCACACGAUGAUAGGACUGUACUGGUUACUGUCAAAGCAACCAUUGGUGGCAUCCUGAAAAGCUCUGCAGUUAGAGAGUUUCCAAUUUUGGUCACGAGACCUUAUCUGAGUUACACCUAUUCUCUAUUUGGGUCUCGGCGUGGAAACACAGUACUUACAUUAGAAGGCAACAAUCUGGACACUGGAUUUUCGACAAAAGUACUGAUUUCCGAUAUUUCCUGUGUGAUUACGAGUAAAAACCAGACACAUAUAGAAUUCAAAACAAGAGCAUGUUGGGAAAUCAUACAAGGAAAGAACAUGACCUGCAAUGAAUGUUUCCCAAUUACAGUCAAGAUAAACGAUGACGUCAUAACAAGUUCAAAUGACACAUUUUGUUAUACAAACGAUCCACAAAUUAUAAGUGUGUCAAGGAAUACAACAAUAAUGAGUGGGGGUCUGAAAUUGGUUGUGAGAGGCACACACUUUGGAAAUGCGAAUUCAUACUCGCUAAAUUUAAGAUCAAUGGAAACAUCUGAAACAAUAUAUACCAUUUGUGAACUGUUUAAUGAGAACCUAAUUUGCCCGACACCUGAUCUAUCGAAAAACAUCAGAAGAUGGGAAACAAAGUUAGAGAUGUGGAUAAUGAUUGAUGAUGAUGAUUAUUAUUGGAAAAAAUGGGCCGGUGACGCUCCUCAUUAUAUGACAGUUUAUCCAGAUCCCGUGUUUGAAAGCUUCAAUACCAUCCUCAGAAAUGACGGGUCAAAGGUGGAAAAUCAUUUAUUGGUCUAUGGACAGGAAUUGAAUAAGGUUCUUCAACCUCAAGAUAUCUCAAUCAAUUUCAACAUACCCGUACAGGCUGUGUCGCCAACGUAUUUGAGAUGUGAUUUGACGGAGAUCGAUCCCAAACAUUAUGCAGACGACAAGAAAGAUGUUUUGACUAUUAAGGUUGGAAACGUAAAAGCCAUUUUAGGAAUAAAGGAAUUAAAGCAACACAAAGGUAUUCUUAGAGAACAUUUACACUCUUUUCCAAACGAAUUAGGUAUUAAUUAAUAAACUGAAUUGUAAC